ACUGAAGCUCGCAUUUGUCCCGUCUCAUCUUUCUGUAGAGUGAAGGCGCUGAAGAAUAUAUUCGUCGAACCUCUGAAAAACGUUGGCGCCACACAACUCGACACUAUCCAGGACAUCGGAUUGGAACUGGAGCUGAGGAACAUCACAGAACGGUUGCAUAUGACUGUAUAUCUUCGUGAUACUCGCAUCGCUACUGAACAAUUGUACCAGAAACAAUCGUCGUACCUACCGUCGUAG